CAAUCAGCGAUGAAGACCACGGUGAAAACGGCGUCUAUGAAUUGGAGAGUUCUCUCCAACAGACCUCCGAGGGUGACGCGGGCUGCUCUAACGCUUGGUUCGCCCUCAACGACCGGCUGGCCCAGGUAAUUGAGACCACCUUCGAGUGCUUGGUCGGUUGUUUCACCUCCGUUCUCGGACGACGGUGUCUUGGUGAAAUUCUACAGAGGCUGGACGCCGAAGCAGCCGCCUUGUGUGAUCACCACUCCACGGUGGACGAGGAACACUUCUUGAAGGAUACUGUAAGUUACUGUUGGGUCUAUCUUAAGACGAUGUGUAUCUGUGUGUUGGCGAAAAACAAACGCUUCUGUAAGGUCAACAUCAUGGAUGACAGAGCGCAGCCGGACCCCGUGUUGGCAAAGCUAACCGACGCCCUGGAUACCCUGCAAGCCAACGCCGUGAAUCCGGCCUUUAUGGUCCAACUGCUGUCUCGCCUACUGCACUUCAUCGGUGCUCAUCUCUUUAAUGAAAUCAUUCGGCAGCCCGGACGUGUCUCACCGCAGUGG